UGGGUAGGGUAAAUUUACUGAUUCCCAACAACUACUACUACUGCUAUAACUUCUACUACUACUACUGCUACUACUACAGCCACUCCCACAGGCACAUAGACGCUGUGGAUCCGUCGGAGGGCAUGAUGAAGCAGCGGGAGACUGGCAUCUAUACCAACGACUUCCUAGAGUUUAUCGGCAGCGGACACUCCACCGUGCCCAAAGACACAUACGACCUGGUGGUCAUCUCGGGCGGUAUGGGCGAAGGUCAUAUCCCACUCAGUGGCCUCGACGACCUGGUGCGCGUCGCAAAGAACGGAGGCUUCGUGAUCAUCGUGAUGCGCCAUGAGCACCUACAGACCGUGCCUUCCUACAAGGACAAGCUGGAGCCUUACAUGGACCAGCUGGAGGCGGACGGGAAGUGGAAGAAGGUGGAGCGGCGCAUCGUCCCAAACUAUUUCUGUGACAAGGAGGGUCUCGUCUUCGUCUUCCGCAUCACUAAGCCUGAGUGAGGAGGAAGAGGAGGGAAAGGAAAGGGGAGAGAUGAGGAGGAGGAGUUAUAGUGGUGCUGUGCCAAGGCCGUCUCUGUGUAACAGCCUUGGCUUUCGUCGCGGAACCCGAGACUGAGGUGUGAAAUUAUCGUGCUUUGGCAACCUGGUGUCAUGGCGUCUACGAUGUUAUUUGAUAGUUUAUGCAAAGGACACAUUUGUCAGUAUUAAUCAUAUUAUUGAAAUUGUCGCAAAAAUCUGUUUUAGUUGAUAAGGCUGAGGCUGCAGAAUGCUUAACCUCAGACCUUGCUAUCAUCUCCGAUUGGGAUAAAAGGAACCUUGUGUCCUUCAAUGCCUCAAAACCCUAAUUUAUCCACCUAUCAACUCGACACAAUCUUCCAAACACCUAUCCCCUAUUCUUCAACUACACUCAGACGUCACCUUAUAAUUCUUCAAAACUAAAUAUCCUCGGUCUGUCCUUAACUCGAAAUCUUAACUGGAAACUUUCAUCUCUUCUCUCACUAAAUCAGCUUCCUCGAGGUUGGGCGUUCUGUAUUGUCUCCUCCAGUUCUUCUCCCCCGCACAGCUGUUAUCCAUAUACAGAGGCCUUGUCCGCCCUCGUAUGGAGUAUGCAUCGCACGUGUGGGGGGCUCCACCCACACAGCUCUUCUCAACCUUUCGGCCACUCCUCUGUUGUAAAAAAAAAAUAAGGUCGCUGAUUAUGUAGCUGUAUGUGUGUGUGCAUGUGUAAUGGCAAGUUGCCAAAACACGAUAACGAAGACCUCAGACUCAUGUGCUGCGAGUAUAGUAUACGUUUAGGAAUGCUUGGUCUGGGGCUUGGGGUCUUGAUGAUGUACAGACAUGUAUAUAUAUAAUAAACGGGUGCCUACUUCCCCUCAGAAUCAUGUUAAUCUUUGUUUGUUUCUCAAGAUAAUUUAAGUGAUUACUCUUCCUAAUUUAUAAUGUGUCAGCUGUUCCUAAUUUAUAAGGUGUCUGCUGUUCCUAAUUUUAAAAGCGUCUGCUGUUCCUAAUUU